AGGAGGGCUUUUUUUUUCUUUUUUUUUGUCGGUUUUGUUGGACAGACAUUAGUCGGAGUUUACUGAAGAGGGCAGGUAGCAAGCCAAAGUUUUCAACGCGGAGACGAACUGGAUUAAUGCGUCGCUGAAAAAGGGAUUAUAAUCUGAAAAUGUCAGCAGCGGACAUGGACGUGAGGAGAAACUCAGAGGUGAGCGGGGGGUUUGCUGACCGACAUGACAGCCAACAAGAGUUCGAAGGCUGUGCCUCGUGCAGGAGGGGGUAAAGCGCCACGGGACGUCCCUGACAGGUGCCAGUCCACAUCUCCAGGUCUCGCUCUCUCUGCCAGUCAGGGGCAGAGCCAGCAACCUCUGCUUAGCGACAGUGAGACCUCUGGGAAGCAGAGUAGGUACGUCAGGACUGACGGACGGUUCCUGGUACGUUCUGCCUGGAGCAGCAAGACCUCCAGUCUGUGCAGUGGCACAUCCCUCACAGGCGACAGCGCCUCACAAGGCCGUCUCACCAAAUCAAAGAGCAUCAGCUGCCUGGAAAACAGGCUCUCCAUCUAUAAGCCCCCAGCUAAAACCAAGACCUGUCAGGAGAGACAGGAGGAUCUCUCUGCGGGAGAUGGACUGAACGGCCGUCCCCUGAGUUGGAGCACGCUCUCGCUGGGACCUUCGUCCAACCAAAGCCACAAACGCACUCUCUCUCUGACUCACUCAGGGGUUCCCCCCACCACAAUCCGCAAGAAGAUCUCAGAAUGGGAGUGCAGGAGGGUGGCUCUGCCUAGGAUGAGCUUGUGUCUGGAUAAAAGAGGGGGAGAGCGUGUUGGGGGCAGUGAGGGCUGCCCCAGCCUUCUCUCCUCUCCAUGCAGCGAGAAAACAUUUGACUUUAAAGGGGUUCGCAGGAUGAGCACUGCUUUCUCUGAAUGUUCCUACACAGAGACAGAAGAGGAGGAAGGAGUUUCAGAAAAAGGUCGCUUCCAGAAGAGGAUAACCAAAACAGAGUCCUCUGGGACAUUUGUGCGUUCCCUGUCCACUAGAAAGGAGACUUCAGCAGUCCUGAACAGGAUACAAAAGAUAGAACAAGCAUUGAAGGAGAAUCCCAGCCCGUCCCCUCCCCGAUACCUGAACAACUGCUACGCUCCAGACAAGACGAGACAGAGGUCUUUAGUGAUAAGUGAUGACUUGGACAGCACUUGCGCCAGUAAGCGCAGCAGCAUUUGCUCGGUUGCCACCGAACCAGACACUGUCUUAGUGCCUGAUAAGCUCUCCAAACUCAGGCAAAGGUUUAGUGUGAGUUCAACCAGGUCUGAGAGUCCAGAGCCAACCAGUCAGCAGACCCCUACUGUGGGCACCCCAGUCAACCCUGUACCUAAACCCAAACGCACUUUUGAGUACGACGCUAAACGGGACCAGAAGGGCCCGCUGUCAGCCAAUGGACUACCUCCAAACAGAGCCUCUGAGUCCCCCCCACCUCUGCCCACCACCCCUGCACCAAGCUUGACACGAGCAAAGAGUGAGGGCAGCACCCCUGUGAGGAUCCAGGACAGAGAGUCGUGUGAGUCGGAGGAUGCUACCAGUCUGCAGUCCUCAUAUCCGUCCUCUCCUACAGAGAACGGCACUGUAACCACAGACACACGGAGUCGACCCAAUUCAAAAAGCACUUUAGAGGAGAAUGCCUAUGAGGAUAUAGUAGAGAAGGAGAACCCGUAUGAGGAUGUUGACCUGAAGAGGAGGAGUCUGGGUCGGAAGUCUUGUCUGUCUGAGGGUGACAGACCUUGGACCACCAUUGACCAGAAGCUGAGCUCUCCACCUCAGUUACCAAACAAACCAAACAGCCAGUCACUCCGCAUAUCUGGUUUGAGUGACAGGAAAAGCCACCGGAUGUCCCAGUUGUCCAAGCGCUACAGCCACGAUGAAAUGCUGCUUCUCCCCCAGCUGGGUGUAUCGACUUCACCUUGUGGCCUGCUGGAUGAUAGCCUCCGUAGCACCGGUGAUACCCUGGCCUCACACAGGCAAUGGAGAAUCCCCAAGCUGGUUCAGAGGAUCAACUCCAUCUACUGCACUAAACGUGGGAAGAAGAGGCUAAAGAAGCUUUCCAUGUCUAAUGUUGAGACUGUUUCUCUGAGGGAUGACAACAGUGAGAGUGAGAGUGACUCUGACGACAGGUUCAAAGCUCACACACAAAGGUUGCUGAAGCUGCAGUCGAUCCUCCGUCGGGCCCCCAGCUACCGCACACUGGAGCUGCAGCUCAUUGAGUGGCAGGAGAGAGAGCUCUUUGAGUAUUUUGUGGUCGUUUCUCUGAAAAAGAAACCAAGCAAAAACUCAUACUUCCCAGAGGUCACCUACCAGUUCCCCAAGUUAGAGAGGCCCACCAAGCAGAUGAGGGAGGCAGAGCAGAGACUUAAAGCCAUUCCUCAGUUUUGUUUCCCUGAUGCAAAAGACUGGAGCCCUGUGUCUGAAUACUCCAGUGAGACCUUCUCCUUCAUGCUGACCGGAGAGGACGGCAGCAGGAGGUUUGGGUACUGCAGACGCCUGCUGCCAACUGGGAAAGGCCCUCGUCUUCCAGAGGUGUACUGUGUCAUAAGCAGACUGGGCUGUUUUGACUUGUUCUCCACUAUCCUGGAUGAGGUGGAGAGAAGACGAGGCGUCUCAGCAGCUCUGGUUUAUCCUUUCAUGAGGAGUCUGAUGGAGUCGCCCUUCCCUGCACCUGGGAAGAUUAUCAAAGUGAAGACAUUUCUGCCUGGAGCAGGAAAUGAGGUGAUCGAGCUGAGGCGACCCACGGACUCCAGACUUGAACAUGUGGACUUUGACAGUCUGUUCAGUUGUCUCAGUGUACGUCAGGUGAUUCGAGUCUUUGCCUCGCUGCUUCUGGAGCGCAGGGUCAUCUUUGUGGCCGAUAAACUCAGUACCCUGUCCAGUUGCAUGCAUGCAGUGGUGGCGCUGCUCUACCCCUUCUCCUGGCAGCACACCUUCAUCCCUGUGCUCCCUGCGUCCAUGUUGGAUAUUGUUUGCUGUCCCACCCCUUUCCUGGUGGGGCUGCUGUCCAGCUCUCUGCCAAAGCUCAAAGAGCUGCCUGUGGAGGAGGCCUUAAUGGUUGACCUGGGAACUGACAGAUUCAUCCGACAGAUGGACGACGAGGCCUCACUUUUACCGCGUAAACUUCAGUCGGCUCUCGAACAAGCUCUGGAGCAGAGGAAUGACAUCAUCAAUCAGGACUCUGACAGCGAGUCAGACGAAGAGUAUAACUCCUUGACCAGCCUGGUGUCAGAGGCCUUCAUCCGCUUCUUCCUGGAAACCAUCGGCCAUUAUUCCCUGUUUAUUACUCAGAAUGAGCGUGGAGAGCGUGUCUUCCAAAGAGAAGCCUUCCGCAAGUCUGUGGCAUCUAAAAGCAUCCGUCGUUUCCUUGGCGUCUUCAUGGAGUCUCAGAUGUUUGCUGGGUUCAUUCAGGAUCGUGAGCUGAGGAAGACCAGGGCUAAAGGUUUGUUUGAGCAGAGAGUGGACCAGUAUCUGGAGGAGCUGCCAGACACAGAGCAGAGUGGAGUCAACAAGUUUCUCAAAGGCCUUGGAAGUAAAAUGAAGUUCCUCCACAAAAAGAACUGAGCUGAAGUCCCGCAGUUCAGCAACAAAGACCUGAUGUCUGAUUUCUGCAUCAUGUUGAUUCUCAUUUUUUGUCCUUUUUUUAUGUAAACAUGUACAUAUUAUUCCACUGUAAGCUGGCUGUGAUACUCUUCAGUGUAUGUUUAUAGUGCCUUAUGAGAUAGUGAUAGCAGGACGGUACACAGCGAGCGAGCCUCAGAGUAACCACUGAUGUCCAGGUGUGACUGUGAAGAGAGCGAUGUGAGUGUGUAUGACGUGAAGUGGGCAUAGAUGUACAGUAUGUAUGUUUUUUAAUAUUUUCUUUACAUUAUUUCACCACCAUGUUGUCCUCUGUUUAAGGAGUGUAUUCAAAAAACUGUACAUGCAUGAAGACGAUGAAGAGAAUGAUUGUAACUCUUCAUGAAGUCUUUUGCAAUCUUUUAUAAAAAAUGGUAGUUUAAAAUGCUACAAAAGCCUGAGUGUAAAGUAUGAACUUCUCUUCCUGUAUACUUGUUGAAUAUUUUUGUUAUUAAAUAUGGCUUUG